CCUGUAUCCGAUGUCAUUGGACCUUAGAAAGCAAGCGACUUCCUCGCUCAUGUGAUUUGUUUUCGACAGGAAAGCCAUGUCCAGCAGCAGAUACCCGAUAGUGGUGCAGGGGGAAGCUUCUGAAACGGACUCCGAUGAUGAAGUCUACAUCACUUCUCUAACUUCUCACCAAACUACCGCAGGAGGAGCCAAGGUUCCUGGGGAAGCCUCGGAGACAGACAGUGAAGAUGAUCCGCAGCAGGCGGUCAGAUCCUCUGUAAUGGAAGGUGCUCAGAUACUCAAGAGAGAGCUGCCCCCUCUUAUUGUGGUCAGAGACAACCCCGAUGUGCAGUCGAUAGUAGAAGACAGACCGAGCCCUUCACACAAGCCUUAUGCAGGAGAUACCCUUCUACAGCAGAAGCUGCAGGAGUCCAACAGCCGGCUGUAUACUGAUGUGGGGCAGAGGGUCCGACAGGUUUACGGCAGUGCCUGUAAGGAGGUCCACAGUGUGACAUCUCAGCUGAAUACAUCCCAGAGUGCCAUCAUCAACGCUUCCCACAGUAUCAGAUUAAUUCUGGAGGAUCUGAAAGCCGUGUCCGAGAAGAUCGACAUUAUCACCAGCUGCCAAAUACUGCCUGAUAUUAAUAUCAGUCCUGGUUUAACUUCACCUACACCCUAAUCAAUGCAUUGCAACUGACUGAAAUGAUGACAUAUUUUCAAACAGCAUCAUACACACAUAUACAUUUAGUAAUUUCAGAAUGAGACACAAAGAGGAACAGUAUAUUGUUUUGCUUAAGUGGAUGCAAACUGUCCCUGCAUAUAAAAGUAAAACGUGUUUGUAAGUUGCCUUUUGUUGUAUUUAACUGACAGUGGCUGUAUGUAGCUUUGUUAAUAGAAAUUUAACCGAACAUGCUAUUUUUUUUCUUCCUUUAGAGCAAAAAAAGUACAUUUUUUAAAGAAUAAAUUGUAUAUUUAAAACCUGAAGGAUUAUAAUUAAAAUAUUAGUCUCUGAUUUCCAUGGAUUCUGUCCAGGUUUUCAGUUUCCUUUUGUUUGUGGGUUGAAUGUAUCAUGUAUUUAUUUUUGUUUUUCAGAAGAGACUUCUAGGGUAGAUAAAUAUUGUUGCUUAAAAAAAAAAAAUCCUAAGCUAAAAAUCAAACAAAAUUGAUACCCACAAAAACAUCAUAAUACAAAACUUCAGGAAAUGACCAAGAAACAUUCACAUAAAGAGACAUUAAAAUAAACUGCAGAUCAAACAAAAUGUGCUGUUGCAAGUGCUGUUACAUUAUUAAAUAUCACCACAG